AUGGAGGUUUCUUUCAUGAUUCUGCUGCUAUUCUCAGGUGCUAUAGCUUCUUCUUCUGUUGCACUACACACCAUACCUGCAAAUACCAAAAUCCAAGAUGGCAAAACUACUAUUGCUUCACCUGGUCAGGUCUACGAACUUGGCUUUUUUAGCCCUGGAAACUCCAAGAAAAGGUUCUUGGGGAUAUGGUACAAGAAAGCAAAAUCUACCAUCGUCUGGGUUGCUAACAGGGAGACACCAAUCACUGAUACAUCCGCCAUGCUCAAACUUACCGGAGAUGGAAACCUGUUGAUUCUUGAUGGUGGCAAUAACCUCAUCUGGUCUUCCAAUUCCACGGGAUCCGUCAUUAAUCCGGUGGCACAGCUUAUUGACACCGGAAAUCUUCUUGUCUGGGAUAAAAGUAGCACCAACCGAAAUCUGAUUUGGCAAAGUUUUGAUUACCCUGGUGACACAUUGCUACCCGGAAUGAAGUUUGGGAAGAAUUUGGUGACGGGAAGAGAAUGGAUCAUGACAUCUUGGAAGAGUCCUGAUGAUCCUUCUCUUGGUAAGUAUCAGAAUAUGAUAGAUACAAAUGGAUAUCCACAAAUAGUUGGUAAGCGAGGUCCAGUUCUACUAACGAGACUUGGACCAUGGAAUGGGCUCGGGUAUGGUGGUUGUGCUCCUGACAUACCAAAUCCAAUUUACUCGACCGAGUUUGUUGUUAAUCACAAUGAAAUAUAUCACAAAUAUGAACUUACAAGUUCAGUUCUUCGGAGGAUGGUUUUGACAUGGGAUGGCAAGACCCUGAUUUUACAUUGGAUCGACCGAAUCCAAAACUGGGUUGUGUAUGACGAUAUUGCAGCAGAUGCUUGUGGUCGUUAUGCACUCUGCGGUCCCUUUGGAACCUGUACCCUCAACAAGCAUCCACCUUGUAGUUGUAUGGAAGGGUUUGAACCAAAAUUUCCAGAAGAAUGGAAUGGAUCUGAUUGGUCGAGUGGGUGUCAACAUAAAAAGCCUUUCGAUUGUGGAAGUGGGGAUGGCUUUAGGAAACUUUCUGGAGUAAAAUUUCCUGACACAAGACGUUCAUGGUACAAUAUGAGCAUGACCCUUGAAGAAUGCGAGACGGCCUGCAGAAAGAACUGCUCUUGUACGGCUUACGCAAAUUUAAACAUCAGAAAUGGCGGAAGUGGAUGUUUGUUAUGGUUUGACGAACUGAUGGAUAUAGGAGAGUAUGAUGUAGAUCAUAACAUAUACAUAAGAACGGCAGCCUCUGAGUUAUCAGGCCACAACAAGAAGAAAGCAGCACUCACCCUGAUCCUGCCACUUUCCUCAGCUGCACUGCUUUUGUCUGCUGUAGCAUAUGCCUGCAGAAAGAAAAAGAGAAGGCGCUACAAAGGAGGAAAAUGGGCGCAUGCCCUCGAUAAGAAGGAUCACACCCGCAGUGCUCAGAUGGAUAACCUUGAUGAACUACCAUUUUUCAGCUUGUAUAAAGUAGCUAAGGCUACUGAUAACUUCAGCAUUGAUAAUAAGAUUGGAGAAGGUGGAUUUGGUCCUGUUUACAAGGGUGUACUGGAAGAUGGACAAGAAGUAGCUGUGAAGCGGCUCUCGGAAACAUCACAACAAGGGCUUGAUGAGUUCAAGAAUGAAGUCAUCUGUAUUGCAAAACUUCAGCACCGGAAUCUUGUGAAGCUUCUUGGAUACUGCAUUCAUGGAAAUGAAAUGAUAUUGAUUUAUGAAUACAUGGCUAACAAAAGCUUGGACUCGUUUCUGUUUGAUGAAAUCAGAAGUUCAAUGCUUGACUGGCCUCAACGCUUUUGCAUUAUCCAUGGUAUGGCUCGAGGUAUUCUUUACCUACAUCAAGAUUCCCGCCUUCAAAUCAUUCAUAGAGAUCUCAAGGCAGGUAAUAUUUUGCUGGACGGUGAUAUGAAUCCAAAAAUAUCCGACUUUGGCCUCGCUCGAAAGUUUGUAGGACAGGAUGCCGAGGCUAGGACAAAAAAAGUGGUCGGAACUUAUGGUUACAUUUCUCCCGAGUAUGCAGUACACGGGCGUUUCUCUGUAAAGUCGGAUGUAUUUAGCUUCGGUGUUCUUGUGCUCGAGAUGGUGAGUGGGAAGAAGAACAGAGGGUUUUCUCAUGAAGAUCACAGUGACAACCUUCUUGGACAUGCGUGGAGACUCUAUAGAGAAGACCGAUCCAUCGAAAUCAUGAGCCCAUCUUUACGCAACUCAUGUGUUAUCUCUGAAGUACUCCGAUCAAUACAUGUUGGAUUAUUGUGCGUGCAACAUCAUGCCGAAGAUAGACCGACUAUGAUGUCCGUGGUUUUAAUGUUGGUUAGCGAGGGUGUGUUGCCUCCACCUAAACAACCUGCCUUUUUCACCGAAGAGAGUUGCGACGUUGCACCAUCACUUGAUGAAUACAUGAUAACACUAUUGUAUGCUAGAUAG